GGAGAGCCUUCCUGCACGUCGCUGCCCUACACUCAGAUAUUGCGUGCCGCUGACGAUCGAGCGAAAAGGAGCUUUUGAGAGUUGAGGCCGUUUUGUUGAGCUUUGACGCUGGCACAACCUUGCAAACGCCAUCGCUGUGCACCGCACCGGAGCGAAUCGCUGUAUCGCUCCGAGCGAUGCAUGUAGCUGGAUUUCCCCUAUCAAGCUCGGCACCUAUCAACCACCAGUUGCGAGUGAUCGGCAAUCAUUGAUCGCUCGGCGUCAUUAUGGGUGCCGAUGUCACACUUUGUGGAUGGGCGAGCAACGUGGACACCAAUGUUGCGGUGCAAAAAUUUGAGAAAGUGGUGUGGCGCACACAUUUGGUCAAAGCGAUCGAGCAACCUUCACGCGACCUUUUCGUAAGUGUAGCCUCAUCCAGUGCGGUGAGAACUGUAGACGAGAAUAAGAAGCAUUUGAGUCCUACGGAAACGCCGAUGUCCUGACUGUUGCUAGAAGCAAGUCCUUCCAAAUUCGAACCCUUUCUAGAAAUGAGGAAUAUAUGAAAUUUGUAAGGGACAAGUUGAAGUGCCUCACUCGACACUAUUCCACCCAAAAUCUCACUUCAACUCGACUUGACCGGACCGACCGCCGUCGCUAUGAAGACUCAACUGGCCGACUGAAAGCCGUGCAAGAACGGGAGAUCGACGGUAAGAAGAUGCGCACGACUUGGAACCGCCAGAAUAAGGAGGACGAGGGUCAGCAUGAAUCGAUCUGCUCAAGUGGCAGUCCAGAGGAGUUUGAGGCACUAUGGCAGCAGACUCCAUUUGGUGAGGCACAGAAGAUGAAGGUGAAGGGCAAUUACAGUCGGAGUCGGAUGUUUGAGAGUGAGGUGGCGUCAACGGCAGCAGCGCUACAAGACACUUCUAUGAAGGAAACACCAGUAGGAGAACCGAAAGCGUCGGUGACGAAGGAGAAGAGCGCAUCCACGGAGAAAGAUAAGAUGAACGAUAGCGAGACAAAAGAUAGAGAGAAUCUUUAGUUAAAGUAAAAAAAAUAAAAGUCUGUUUCCGUCCU